AUGUCUUCGAGGGGCCUGCCCGAUGUGUUGAUGGUCAAGGUGGACGAGUACAUCGACUCGCUCGCCCCUCAGAUCCAGCCACGCGUCGCGUCUGAGCUCGAGACGUUCCAGCAGAAAACCAUAGACAGCUUGGAGGACCAGGUUGUCGAUGCGUUCCGCUCGCUCUUCAACAAGGAUAAGGGAGGCGACCAGUCAGGCAGCUCCAGGAGCCCUUGGAGCCUGUCUGAGCAGGUUCCUGACGGCUACGGUGGCCAGUCACUGCCAUUCGCCGACGAGAUUGCCAGCUUGACGCGCAACUUCAAGAAUGUCGCCGAUGAGGCCAACGAUGAUCUGCGCGAGCUGUUUCAGCUCACCGAAGGCAGUGCCGGGUCUGGUGGAAGCGACACCCAGUCUCGUGGAUUAGAGGACGCGGAUUCUUUUUCGAAGGGAGCUCGCGGUUUCCUCUCUGCUGCCAUCGACGCCGUUCAAGCUCUUGACAAACAUGAGAACAAAGGAUCUGGCGACAGCGGGUUCAAGCUCGAUGGCCUCCUCGGCGUUUUUGCCGACACCCUUAAGGACACUGCACGCAACCCAGAGGAAAAAGCCCGUCUCAUCAGCCCCGAGAUCAAGGAGAGGGUUAGCGAGAAGCUCAGAGAGCAGCAUUCUUCCAUCGCGGAGCAGUUUACCAAAAUCGCACUAGACCAUCUCAAGCGCUGGCUCCGGGGCAACACAAGCAGCCGCGAUCUCGGUGAUGGUUUCAAAGGGGAGAUUGAGGAUCAGGUCAAAGACUUGGUCAAAGGAUUCGGGGGUUUGUUUGGCGGUAACAAGAGUCGCGAUGAAGGGUCUUCGAGAGGAUUCGGCGACGACGAGAACAGCCGCGAUCGUGAUGGCGAAGAAGGGGAGGGUAGCCGUGGCUUCUCCAAGAUUAUUAGCGAUAAGCUCAGCACUGGACUUGCCAAGGUCCACCGAGAAGUGCGUCUGGAGUUCCGUAAGAUACUCGGUGCUAUUGAGAAGCAGCUGUUCGAACUGCUUCCUGAUCAGUUCCAGCGCCCACUUGAGAAAAUCCUCGGCGGCAACCCGUUCGGCUCAGAGCUUGAUCGUGAUGCCAGUCCCCAAGCUGACCGUGGCUUUGGAGAUGACAUCAAGUCCAAGCUUGUGAAGAAGAUUCGCGAUCUGGUACGAAAGGUGCAAGAAACUCUCCGAGGCAGCAUUCUCGGAGUGGUGAACGGAGGGCAUCGCAAGUUCGAGCGUGAAAGCUGGGUAUUCGUACAGAACAUUGUCGAACAGAAGGUUCAGAAGUACUUGCCCAAGGUUAAGAUUUCUGUGCCUGAUGAUAUCGGCAACGAAGGUGUCAGCGUGGGUGCGCCAGCACCAGGUACUCAGCUUGGUGCUGGAAACCGACCUGAUACCCAGGGAGGAGGCCAUGACUCUCGCCCUUCUGGACAGCAGCAACAUAGCCAACAAGGAUAUGGUGGACAGCAGGACUCAAGACCUAGCCACCAUCAGCACAGCCAAGAUUACGGGCGCCCAGAGCAGCAGUCGUACCAAGAACAGCGCCCCGAUCACAGCCAACGACCAACGGGCGAGUCAGGUGGCUAUCGCAACCAGGGCAGCAACCAGAGUUACAACCAGGAAUAUCAGCAGAACCAGAGCUAUGGCCAGAACCAAGGCUACGGACAGGGCCAGAGCUACGGACAGAAUCAAGGCCACGGUCAGAACCAGGGCUAUGGACAAAGUCAAGGAUACAAUCAUAAUCAGAACUACGAACAGAACCAAGGAUACAGCCAGAACCAAAACUACGGGCAAAACCAAGGGUAUAAUCAAAACCAGGGAUAUGGCCAGAACCAAGGAUAUCAGCAACACCAAGGCUCUCAACAUGGCCAAGAAUACAACCAACACUCUGGCCAGAAUUAUAACCAGAAUCAGGGUCACAGCCAGGGUUAUUAUCAGAACUGA